CUUCUGAAGAAUAUUGUUAAUAAAGCAGCUUGUUUAUAUUGUCGAUCUUCGGAAGUGUCUUAGAGCGAACUCCCGGACAAUUGGAAUAAUUAAGCUAACCAUUGCGGCUGGAUAGGUUUCCUAAUCCAUCCUCAGGUAAUUAUCCCGCCCCUGGUCUGGGGUAGAGCCCGUGAAUGCGGGGAGUUUGUGGGGAGCUGAGGUGAGGCCUAAUUUUAAUGAUAGGAAUUCUUCAACGGCAUAUCGCUGCGGAGAAGCAAAUUUGGAGAUAUUCCAAGGAUAUAUUCGGUGCUCGGUAGAAGUCUUGGCGAGACAUAACUACGAGAGAAGUCUAGACCGUUGGUAAGCUUUGUCACCUGGGAAUUAUGUUGAGCUUAGUGAUGUUGUUGCUAAAAGCAGCAGUUCAUGUUUGUCACCUCGCAAACUUGGAAAUGUCCUGGAAAGAAGUCGCAAAAGCAAAAUGACGCGAAUGGCCCCCAAAACAUUGUGAGCUGUCUUGCGAAGGCCAAGCUGAAAAAGGCUGUAUGUCGAUCAUUUGAGAGUGAGUUGGAGAAUCGGCGAAACUGACUUUCGGAGAUAUAUAGACAUAUGAUCUAUAGAAAAUGACCUAAUAGGUUAUGCCAAGCUUCGUGAUUUAGACGAUGUUGGUCUGGUUCUCUCGGAGUACAACUGCAUUUCUUGUUACCCCCCUGUCGCUGUCGACAUAUAGGCGACAUCGUCAUCGUCAUUGUCGUCAUCGUACAUACAGGGCGCAUCCCAUAUGGAUAACAUGUGGUUUUAGUUGCAGCUGUGAGAGAUGUUGCGGGCAGAGUUGUGUUGUGUUGUGUGCAGUAAACUGUAAGACAGUAAGACGGAUCGGGUGUGGAGGCGGGAGGAGGCGGAGGCGGAAGCAACACCAACCAACAAACCAAACUUUAUUAGAUAAUACCCGACCCUACAACGUGGUACGGGUUAUACGAUGUAUUGAUAGAGAUACUCAUAGUGCAUUGUACGCUGUACACAAAAUACACACAGCGCUAACGAUUUUUGAGUUAAUAGGUUGCUAUUAUUGUUCAUGUGCGACAGUGUUCCCGUAUGCCUCCAACUUGGAACUAACCCGCUAGCGUGUACU